AACAAUUUGAAUCUGAGCGUGAGCUUUUCCUUUCACAGUGUAACCCUAUUUUCCUUUUAAAGCCAGAACAUUAGGGGCGCAAGAGGACCAAGGUUACAAUGGAAAGUUGCAGAUCUGGAGAACAAUCCAGCUUUGUUGACUCUGUGAAGGAAGAAAGUGAAGAAGACCAGCAGCUGCUGGUGGUUAAAGAAGAGGUUCCUGAUCAGAGCAUUUCCAGUUUGGACCAGCAGAACCUCACCUGUUCUCAAGUGAAAAAUGAAGAAGAGGAACAGUGGAUCAGUCAGGAGGUAGAGCAGCUUACUGUGAAGAAUGAAGAAGAAGAGAAGCCUCAAUUGUCAGAAGUUAAUCACAUCAAACGUGAAGACAGCAGAGAGACAGAAACUCCAACCAGUAGUUCAGCUGAACAAAUGAAGACAGAACCUGAUGGAGAGAUCAGUGGAGGACCAGAACCCAACAGAGAGCUGGAUCCAAGUACUAAUUUACAGCCAAAUAUUGAAAGUUAUUCAGCCUCUUCUGAGACUGAAGUCAGUGUUGACAGUGAAGAUGACAACCUGUUAGGUUGUGGAUCUGAAAAUGAAGACAGUGAUGAAGAUUGGAGGGAACCCAGAACACGUCAGUCUGGUGUAAACAGCAAAGUGGGACGUAAAGCUGCCAAGAAGGCCUUCAUCUGCCCUGACUGUGGUAAACAGUUUGUGAGGAAGCAGAUGUUCCAGAAACAUAUGGCAGGUCAUUCAGGAGAAAAGUCUUCCAGCAGUUCGGUUGAGAAGAAUCACUCUAGAGGGAAGCGGAACGGGGAUUCACAGUCGAAACUCAAACCAGGAAGGAAAUACUUUACUUGUGACAAUUGUGGUGAAACCUUUAAGAAACUAACUGCUCUUAAAUGUCAUAUCAGAAUCCAUUGUGGUGAAAAAUCAGUUGUUUGCAAAGAUUGUGGUAAAAUCUUUCACUCCCGGGAUCAUUUUAAAUCUCACCAGAGACUGCACACUGGAGAAAAACCCUUUGCCUGUGAUAAAUGUGGUAAAAGAUUUAGCCAGGAGCAUACCCUUAAAAAUCACAUGACAUGCCACACAGGAGAGAAACCAUUUCAGUGCGAGUUGUGUGACAAAAAGUUAGUCUCAAAUGGAGGCCUGAAGACCCACAUGACCAUCCAUAAAGGAGUAAAACCAUUUGCGUGCAGCGACUGUGGCAGAUGCUUCAGACUUAAGAGUGAUCUAAAAGGCCACAUGACAACCCACUUAGACGUAAAAUCGUUUGGCUGUGGUUAUUGUGGCACUAGUUUUUCUCACAAAAGAAGUCUUCUCCAGCAUGUUAGACUCCACACUGGGAAGAACCUAUUGUCAUGUGAUAAAUGUGAUAAAAAGUUUGUCGGGAAGUAUUACCUUCUAAGACAUAUGCGAGUUCAUCUGAAACGGGAAAAAGCGGUGACCGGGAAGGGGAACUUUUCUUGUGAGGAAUGUGGGAAGAGGUUUCUCCAGGAGGCACAUGUGAAAAGCCACAUGGUGAUUCACACAGGACUGAAACCAUUUAGCUGUGAUUAUUGUGGCGCCAAAUUUACUCACAAAAGAAGUAUGCUGCGGCAUGUCAGACUCCACACUGGGGAGAAUCUUCUGUCAUGUGAUAAAUGUGAUAAAAAGUUUGCUCGGAACUAUUAUCUUCUCAGACAUAUGCGGGUUCAUGCGAAAGAGGAGAAAGUGGUGACUGGAAAGGGGAACUUUGCUUGCAAAGAAUGGUGAAGAAGGUGGUAUGCAAAAAAAUUGCUUGGUUAUUCACACUGGAAAGAAAACAUUUACCUGUGACCUUUGUUUGAAGAAGUUUGCACGAGUGGAAGGCCGGAAGAUGAACAAGGCUCAUGGUGGGGGCGCAUAUUUCUGCCCAAAUCAGGCAGUGGACUUUAUGUUUAAUUUGGUCUUUUGUGUAUUCUUGCUAUUUUUGAAUAAAAGCAGAAAAUGAUCAAUUUAUUGUUUCUGUAAAGCGUCUGAAGGACAAAAUGUGACA